UUGACUUAAAUCGCAUAUCACGACUGCGACGUAUAAAUCGCAUAAUCAGUAUUAUGACUGCGACUGUGUAUCGCAUGUAAAUGCUCAUAUAUCCCGCCGUGAUCUGGGCUCAAACAUAACCUACAUUCAACCUCCAAUUCCUUCCCUUCUUCGUCGGAGAAAAGCCCUAAUCAAAACCUUUUUAUUUUCAGCCAACGAGCGCACACUUUGGGAAAAACAUCCCUUCAUUCUUUCCUCCAAAAGGAGCCAAAGGGCUAAAAGGGUUUUAGAGUGUAAUUUUCUCCAGCUUGUUUUUGCAAUCAACAAUAUGCCAAUCAAAUGGGUUUUGCACUGGCAGCCAAAUGCAGGCACAACAGUCAACACUCAAAUACUAACAGAAGUAUCUCAGUGUGUUGAGAGUAUAAAUGGGGUUAAAGAAGGAAGGUGGAAAGCUACUCUUAGCUUCUACAAACCCAUGCUUCGAGAACAAGCAAAUGCAUUGGAGUUUCCCCGUGAUUUUUUGGGUAUUUCGCUUCAAGAACAGCCCAACAAGUAUUACUUUGUAAUUAGAGGGCAACGGUUGAUCUUGGAAGCAGAGUCAUCAAUUCAGACGAUAAUGGAGAAGUUGCAGUCUUACAAAACAAGGGUUGCACUUAAUUUUGAGGGGUUUCAAUAUCAACUUGGUGACUUCCAGCUGCGAGUAGGCAAAGUUGUUCCAAUCCACUCUGAGAGCUUGAGGGGAAUAGUUAUGGAGAUGGAAUAUCUUCCAAUUUCCUCAUGGGAGAAAUCACACCAGAUU